CGGCCAUUAUAUUCACUCUGAUCUGAUCUGAUCUGUGUGAAUUACAGUUCGAUCAAGUAAUAAUACCUUUCCUAUCUUCUUGAUUGUUGCUUUGCACUGUUUCGAUUUUGAAAUGAAAGUAUCCAAUUUCAAAUUUUAGUUCAAUUCGGUUUGAAAUUAAAGAGCUAUGGAGCCCUCACUGCAAUGCAUUUUGGUUGCGUUCGGCGGCUUCUUCUUAUUUCUGAUUCUUACCUUCGCCGUCGUCUACAAAUGCCGCAAGGAACUGGCGCGGCGCCGGCAGCCGCCCGGGGCCGCCCCUGCGGUUACCGAGCUUUCUUCCGUCACCGUUGGCGAGAGCGGCACGCUUAACUGGAUCCACAUGGGGGAGCUGGUCCGCGCGACCCGGGACUUCUCGCCGGAUCUCAUCAUCGGCAACGGCGGCUUCGGCGUGGUUUACCGGGCCAAGCUCUCCUCCGGCGUCCAUGUCGCCGUUAAGAAGCUGUCCCCCGACACUUUCCAGGGUUUCCGUGAGUUCCGGGCGGAGAUGGAGACUCUGGUGAAGAUCCAACACGAGAAUGUAGUCAAGAUUUUGGGUUACAGCGCCGCGGGUUCGAACCUGGUUCUUAUUUACGAGUUUGUGGAGAAUGGAAGUCUCGACCAAUGGCUUUACGACACGUCGUCAUCAAUACGUGACGUGGCGGUGACAAGAAAACCUGGAGAGCAUUUAAAUUGGAAAACUAGGAUUAAGAUUGUCCAAGGCGUUGCUAGGGGACUAGCUUACCUGCACUCAUUGGACACUCCGAUCAUACAUAGAGAUAUCAAGGCUAGUAACAUUUUAUUGGAUGCUGAAUUUAAAGCUCUUAUUACAGAUUUUGGUUUUGCUAGGCUAAUGGGAGAAUCUCGCUCACACAUCUCGACGGAAGUGGCUGGGACAAUGGGUUACAUGCCGCCAGCAUACAAAGAGGGUUGCACAAAGGCAACUAGGUUGGGUGACGUCUACAGUUUCGGAGUACUGAUGAUGGAAAUUGUCACGGGAAGACAACCUAAUAUCCCAUUUAGAGGAGAAGAUGGACGUGAUGUUAAGUUAAAUCGAUGGGUCUUUAAUAUGAUGUCACAAAAGCGAUACAUAGAAACGAUUGAUUCUAAUAUUUUAAGAGGAGAUUUUUCAGAAAAAAAUGUCAUCAAGUACUUUGCUAUUGCCUCACGCUGUUUGAAUAUGCCUCCCGACACUAGACCUACCAUGAACGAUGUUAUUGGGAUGUUGGAGAAGGCAUUCUAAAUGACUCACAAAUUAUAGAUUAUUAGGCCAUACUCAAUGUGUGUAAAACGUUACAUAAGGGCAUCCUCAAUAGUAUAUAAGCGUAAUAAAAAGUCGGUGUAAAUAAUUUCUAUAAACCACUUAGAAAGAAUUCAAUCCGGUUGCCCUCAUUAGUUAUUGCAUUCGUCCUCUUAUCCAUUGGGAUGUGAUGAGUACUUAUGCUAGAUUAGUUAUGAUAACUAAUGUCCAAAAAAAAAAAAAAAAAAAA